UCAGGUGUGGAGGGAUGGGGGUGGUUUGGCACGUGACUUCUCCAUCGUCGGGUAUAUAAAGUGAAAAAGACACUUUCACAACCAGAACACAACCCAACAAUCAAUUAUCAAAGAUGAAGUUUUCGGUACUUCAUCUUUUUGCAUUGGUGGCCUACUGUGUGGCCGCCGUCAAGGUACAGGAGAAGAUUACAUUGAAGAAACCAGAAGGAAGGAAUGUCGAUUUGUUAUCUUAUGGUUUAGGUGACAGCCAAUCAACGUACGGUUCAGAUGGCUCCCUAGAAAAGACAUAUAACCUUCCUGGAAGCCACGAAAUCAGUUUGGGUGUCGGCAAAGAUGGGGGAUUCGGUUACGGUUACACGACCGACGAGCACGGCCAGAUUGGUGGCCUCUCCGAGAUCUCUGGCUUUGAUCUCGGUGAAGGUUAUGGUCUGAGUGAACGAGGACACGGAUACGACCAUGGACAUGGUGGUGGAGAUGGCGGUGGUCACGGUCAUGGUCAUGGCAGUGGUCACGGUCAUGGUCAUGGCGGUGGUCACGGACAUGGUCAUGGUCAUGGAGAUGGUCACGGGCAUGGAAAUGGUCACGGACAUGGACAUGGUCACGGGCAUGGUCACGGACAUGGUCACGGACACGGUCACGGGCAUGGACAUGGUCACGGACAUGGACAUGGUCACGGACAUGCCCAUGGAUAUGGUUUGGAUCACUAUGGUCGAUCUGGCAGUGGUCUUAUUCUUCCUCAUGCCAACAUCGGAAUCAGAACCUACGAAAAAGCAGCCCAAGCAGCCAUCUCAUCUCGCGCACAUGAUUCACCCAUUCAACUGGAUUCACAAGAGAUGGCCCAUUUGGAGGGAAUCAUCAAGAAUCACUUCGUAUCAUCACCCAGUCUGCCUAUCGGGGGAACUCCAGAAGGCAGGAUAGCCGGAGGAGCUUUCACCGGUCCAGCUGGUGAAAAAGUCACCAAAUCUGCAACUGCCAAAUCUUCAUAGAAGAAUGUGAUAGAACCCUUCUGUGUGUUCCAAGUUGGAAUGAAUUCCAGUUGUUGCCUCCAAAGAAGAGAGCAUUCACAGAAUCACUCAAAGAUAAAUGUUAAUUUAUUGAAUAAAAAAAGUCUUUCCUUUUCAA